AUUUAUUUCUUUCUCUAAAAAACUUGAAUUCUAUCGAUUAUGGAAGAAACAAAUCAACCUCCUCCACAAAAUAUUUUAACUGAUCCUGAAUCAAACACAAAAAAUGAUGAUAAUGAAAAAAAUAAAGCCCAAAAUCCAUGGAAAUUAUUAACAUCGCUUAAUGGACAACAAAGAAUUACUUUUGUUGCGGCAUUUUUAGGAUGGACAUUGGAUGCUUUUGAUUAUUUUAUUGUGGUAUUCGCCAUACCUUAUAUAGCAAACGAUUUUCAAAUGGAACCAUCUGUAAUCACUGGAAGUAUUACGGUCACGUUAUGUUUCCGUCCAUUGGGCGCAGCAAUAUUUGGUCUGUUAGCAGAUCGUUAUGGGAGAAGAUAUCCUUUAAUGAUAGAUAUUAUACUUUAUAGUAGUAUGGAAUUGGCUUCAGGGUUUGCUCCAAAUUUCACAGUUUUCAUUAUUUUAAGAGCAAUUUUUGGAAUUGCUAUGGGAGGUGAAUGGGGGUUAGGCGCAGCAUUAGCUAUGGAAAUUUUACCCCCCGAAAGUCGCGGAUUAUUUUCUGGUAUUUUGCAACAAGGUUAUGCAGUAGGAUAUCUGUUAGCAGCGAUCUUACAUUAUGUUGUAAUAGAGAAUAUUGGAUGGAGGGCAAUGUUUUGGAUAGGCUCAUUUCCCGCUUUAUUGGUUAUAUUACUUCGUUUCUUUGUACCUGAAUCACCUGCGUGGAAAGCUCAAAAAAAUGUUUCAGAAUCCACUGGCAAAACUUGGUUACUUAAUACUAAAUUAGUAUUAAAACAUCAUUGGAGAAGAUUUGUCUACUGCGUUCUUUUAAUGGCUUGUUUUAACUUUUUGAGUCAUGGUACACAGGAUUUAUAUCCAACUUUCUUAAAAGCACAACUUGGAUAUACACCAGCCCAAGUUACAAUUCUUACGGUAGUAGCAAAUAUAGGUGCUAUAAUCGGAGGCUCGCUUUGUGGAUAUUUGUCACAAUUAUAUGGCCGUAAACUUAUCAUUAUUGUUUCGGCCAUUUUAGCAGCAUGUUUUGUACCACUAUAUUUAUUACCAAGGAAUUUUGGAUUAUUGAUUCUUGGAGCUUUUGCUUUAUACUUUGGUGUUCAGGGAGCAUGGGGAGUAGUUCCAGCACAUUUGAAUGAACUUUCACCAUCAGAAUUUCGAGGUACAUUUCCAGGAUUAACUUAUCAAUUGGGUAAUUUAAUAUCAUCAUCAUCAGCACAAAUUGAAGCAAAAUUAGGAGAAAGAUUUACGAAAAAUGGAAAACCUGAUUAUGGAUUAGUUAUUGCUGUAUUAACUCUUAUUGUUAUAUUUUUAUUAGUUGUGUUAACCUUAUUUAGUAGAGAAUAUAAAGAUAUUGAUUUUGUUGAACAAGCUAAACAAAGUGCAAUUGAUAACGAAAAGGAUGAAGCGGAGAAACAGAUUGAACAAGAAAAUGAAAAAGGAAAAGUUAUUGUUGAAGAUAUUAAUAUAGAAUAAUGUUAUUAUUAUAUUAUUUAACCAUAUGUAAUAUAUAUUAAAUAUUUAAAUAAAAUC